CUCUAGCCGCACGCGCCGUCCUCUCGGUGUCGGCGCGGGGUAGGCGGUAGUGUGGAAAGCCGAGCUGGGCCUGGGGAGGUACCGCGCUUCCGGAGCGCCGGGGAGACCGGGGUGGCGGUUCAUGCGGACCGGGCCGCACGGCUGUGAGUGGGAGGCCGCCGAGGACCGGAGGAGGCUUGGGAAAGGAGGUUGACCUACCAAAGAUUUCUAGACAAAAUAAAACAGGGGAAAUGUGCUAGACUCAAGGAUGAUGGAUCCGUGUUCAGUUGGAGUCCAGCUUCGUACCACCCAUGACUGCCAUAAAACCUUUUAUACUCGGCACACAGGUUUUAAGACUUUGCAAGAAUUGUCAUCCAAUGACAUGCUUUUGCUUCAGCUUAGGACUGGAAUGACACUUUCUGGGAAUAAUACAAUUUGUUUCCAUCAUGUAAAAAUUUAUAUUGACAGAUUUGAGGAUUUGCAGAAGUCAUGCUGUGACCCAUUUAACAUACACAAAAAGCUAGCCAAAAAGAAUCUGCAUGUAAUCGACUUAGAUGAUGCCACUUUUCUGAGUGCAAAGUUUGGAAGACAGCUUGUACCUGGUUGGAAGCUUUGCCCAAAAUGUACCCAGAUCAUCAAUGGAAGUGUGGAUGUUGAUCCAGAAGACCGCCAGAGACGGAAGCCUGAGUCAGAUGGAAGAACUGCUAAAGCUCUGAGGUCACUACAGUUUACAAACCCAGGAAAGCAAACUGAAUUUGCACCAGAAACUGGCAAAAGGGAGAAAAGGAAGCUAACCAAAAAUUCCAGCGGUGGUUCUGACAGACAGAUGAUCCCCGCUAACAGCAGAGUGUAUGACGGCCAGGGCCUGCUGAUCUUCAGCGGCAUGGACCUCUGUGACUGCCUGGAUGAGGACUGCCUGGGGUGCUUCUACGCCUGUCCCACCUGUGGCUCCACCAAGUGCGGGGUCGAAUGCCGCUGCGACCGCAAGUGGCUGUACGAGCAGAUAGAAAUUGAAGGAGGAGAGAUAAUCCAUAAUAAACAUGCUGGCAAAGCAUAUGGUCUGUUAUCUCCCUGUCACCCAUAUGAUAUUUUACAAAAGUGAUCACCCAAAUAAUUGACCAGCAAAGAUGAAAAUGCAGCAAGGAAAUGAGCAGUGGCAGUUCUGGAAGUGAAAUUUGGAUCAGUCGUAAAUGGAACGCUAGAUGUCAUCACUGGUCGUGGGAGUGUUGAUGCCAUUGCUGUUCUGGAGACCCAUGUGCAUCACAGGAACUGGUGAUGGAGAGUCAACCACAUUGCUGAGAAAUGUGGCUGUGAUGAUCAGGACUGUCUGAGAGAAACAUGGGAAACACUUCACAUUAAAAAAGCUAUUCAUUGUAAAUAACUAUUUCACAGCAUUGAAAUGGUCAGAAAGAUUUCUGUUUAAUAUGUUAUUAACAGGCAAAACACUGUUGAGACUACUUUUGGGCAAUGAAAUAAAAUUCUCAAUACAUAAA